UUCUUCUUUUCUGCUUCUUCCCUCUACUUCUUGGAGUACUUGAAUCUGCCGCCCGUCUCAUAUAGCUCCAUAACCGCUCCUACCCUCCCCACACCCCUUUGCAUUACAAGUUUGGUUCCUCCAACCACGCUGCCUCCUCUACCGUCUCGACCUUUCCUCCCUUGGUUUCUAUUCCGGCCGGCCUCCAUCAUUACUGGGUAUGUGCUCAGAGUCUCGCGUGCGCGACCUGGACGGGACAACUGUACCUGGAGAGCCUGCACUAAUCAACAACGGCAAGACACAUCAGGUGGACAGCCUUCCACGCAAUGA